UGUCGGCCAUUGAUUUCCGUCAGGGACUUUAACAAGAAGCAGCUAGGUUAUUUUCCGGGGGUCACCUUUUCUAUUGAACAGAGCGGUUUUUCUUUUCGUAGAGUUGUGUGUACUUCUGACAGUCGGUUACCGUUAGGCUGCCUUGUCGCCUGCAGAUUGUGUCGACAUGUCACUCCUAUCGACAGACAUAUUGUUGUGACAGGGCGCUCCCAGCGCGAUAAAGAUAACUUCGCCUAAAUGUGGCUGUCACGAACAGAUAAUGAUGAAUAACCGCCAGGAACCCACAAUGUAAUAGACAUUAUCAUUUGUCGUUAGUGUUGGCUGGACACGAAGGAGGACGUUGACCUAACUGUGUUUUUAUGUUGGAAUUCGCUGGCCUCAUCGUAUGUGAAAUGUAACAUGCUCGUUCGCACUUUCUUGCUAUGUUUUGGUCAUUUGGUAGGUAGCUGGCAAGCCAACGCACUUGAGUUUGUUUUUCUUGUUUUUAUGUGUCUGAGUCGCUCACUAGCUGUCUUGCAAAAUGGGACUGUUGCUGUUGCAAUUGUCAAAAUGUCCAGGCGUGAAUAUUUUGAAGCGCGAGGUUCACUCCCGUGUACAAAAACUAUUUUGGUUAGAACGCCAGACGUCCAGGGGACAACGAAAGGGGCGAGAGGUGAGUGGGAAAAGGUUCGAACCUGUGGCACGCUCUUCGCUUUUACACCCGAGGAGAUGCAACUCUCUUGUGCCCUGUGUACCACUUAGACAGUUCACCAUACCCCCCCAUUUGUUGAGGAGCUCAUGGACAACAACUGUAAACUUUGCCAACUACAGCUCUUCGACAGACUCAAAACAAGCAACACAACAAGAAGUUGGCAGUAAAGAUCUGCAGUCAACGGAAACAAAACAAUCCCCAACUCGGAUACCCACUGAGGAUGUCAAAAGGAUUUUAGAACUUGCCCACCCUGAGCGCUUGCGACUGUCAGCGGCUGUGGGCUUCUUAAUGGUCUCCAGCGCUGUCACAAUGUCGGCGCCCUUCUUCCUGGGCCAAGUAAUUGACACCAUCUACACCAGCUCUUCAGAGGACUUCAGUGCCUCCCUCCGCUCUCUGUGUAUCAUGCUCUCAGGGGUAUUCCUUUGUGGGGGCGCUGCUAAUGCUGCCCGUGUCUACCUCAUGCAAAUCUCAGGGCAACAGAUUGUGAGAAAUCUACGUGUAUUCCUAUUCUCCUCGAUUCUGAGGCAGGAGGUGGGUUUCUUUGAUAAGACCCGUACCGGGGAACUCAUUAACCGCCUAUCUGCAGACACGGCACUCAUCGGCCGCUCCGUCACAGACAACCUUUCAGACGGGCUCCGCGCUGUCGCCCAGGCAACAGCUGGGGUCAGCAUGAUGUUUUACGUGUCACCAAGUUUAGCAGCUUUUGUGCUGCUGAUUGUGCCUCCUAUGGCUGGCCUAGCUGUCAUAUAUGGGAGAUACCUGCGCUCUAUAUCCAAACGUACACAGGACUCUCUGGCUGAUGCCACACAGUUGGCAGAAGAACGCAUCAGCAACAUGAGGACAGUUCGGGCGUUUGGUAAGGAGCUGACAGAGGUGGCCAAGUAUACGGAGAAGGCCAACUAUGUUCUCCACCUGGCCAAACAGGAAGCCGUUUUGAGGGCUGGCUUCUUUGGCGCGACUGGACUCAGUGGCAACAUCAUCAUCCUGUCAGUGCUGUAUAAGGGAGGGCUAUUGAUGGCCAGUGAACACAUGACUGUGGGAGAGCUCUCUUCCUUCCUCAUGUACGCCUUCUGGGUGGGCAUUAGCAUUGCAGGUAUGAGCUCGUUCUACUCUGAACUGAUGAAGGGCUUUGGCGCAGGGGCACGGCUUUGGGAGCUACUGGACAGGAAGCCCGAGUUCCCCCUCAAUGAGGGUAUUGUGCUGAGGCCGGAGCAGCUUAAGGGUCAACUGGAGUUCCAGAAUGUCUCCUUUGCCUACCCAACCCGCAAAGACGCCCCCAUCUUCCAGGACCUGAGUCUAUCUGUGCCUGCUGGCUCAGUCAUGGCCGUGGUAGGGCCCAGCGGAUCAGGCAAAUCCACUCUGGUCUCCCUGCUGCUCAGGCUCUACGACCCAGUUGCAGGUGUGAUCACUAUCGACGGGCAUGAUGUGAGAGAUUUGAAUCCUUAUUGGCUGAGGAGUCACAUUGGAACUGUUAGUCAGGAGCCUGUACUCUUCUCCUGUUCCAUCGCUGAGAACAUUGCCUAUGGAGCGCCCGACUCUGGCACGGUCACAGUUCAGGAAAUCCACCGGGCUGCACAGAUCGCCAACGCUUAUGAGUUUGUCCGAGGUUUCCCAAAAGGCUUUGACACUGUGGUGGGAGAGAAGGGUGUUCUACUGUCAGGUGGUCAGAAACAGAGAAUUGCUAUUGCAAGGGCUCUGCUUAAGAACCCCAAGAUACUUCUACUUGAUGAGGCUACAAGUGCCCUGGAUGCAGAGAAUGAGUUCCUGGUCCAGGAGGCUCUAGAGCGGCUCAUGGAUGGGCGCACAGUGCUGAUCAUCGCCCACCGCCUCUCCACCAUCCAGAAUGCUGACGCCGUGGCUGUGCUGGACCAGCGGCGUGUGGUAGAGUGUGGGCAGCAUGCACAGCUCCUGGGCAACCGCCAAGGCGUCUUCAGGAAGCUGAUGGAGAAACAAGCCUUCCUUCAAGAGGGGCAAAAGCAAGCGUUGCGUUGAAAAGAGCUGUGGUGGGGGAGGGGGCCUUAAAUGUAGAGAAACUGCCUUUAGCUGUGUGGUGACGUGCUAAUCACGCUGCGCUCUGCUACACUCCUCAGUCUGUCAGUGGUGUGUGUGAAUCAGUUUAAGCUAUUUGCAAGGGAGCAUUUGAAUAUCAACUGGAACAUGGAUGAUUUUAAUAUUGCAGAGCCAUCUCAUAGCGCUGACGGGGAUUCAUUUUGAGACAGCCAGUAGGUUUGGAMUCUCUUCUUUAGGACACCCAAUUUAUUGAGUAUCAUUAUUCAAGCUGCAAUAUGUAACUUUUUGGGUGACCUGACCAAAUUUGCAUAGAAAUGUUAUAGAUCAGUCACUCAUUGAAAMCAAGUCUAAGAAGGGGUAAAUCUGUUCUAUGUGCGCUAUUUCUAUGCUUCCUGUUAAGUUUCGWUUUUACGUCUUUUACUUUCGGUUUUGUACACCAMCUUCAAAAAGCUGGAAAUAUAUCUUUGAUUCUGAAAAAUAUAUUUCACAGUGGUUUAGAUGGUAUAAUGAUUCUCUACACUGCUUCCUAGUUUUUUCACACAAACUGAAAUUAGGCAAACUAUUAGUUUCAGCUACCAGGAAAUGGUGGCGCGAGUUCUGGAUAUUGCAUCUUUGAGGUUAGGAUAUGCAGAAAAUAUGAACGACACACUUUGAAGUACGGCCUAUAUCAAGUAAAUAUUAUAAAUGAGUCACUAUGCCUUUUCAAGAAAGCAAAAGCUGUCUUUUGUAUUAAAUAACUACUUACCAGACUGAGAAAAUAUACACUGUGGCAAGUUUCUUAGGUACGCCAACCCAUUCACAAAAUUGGGUCAUGCCUUUAGAUGGUGASUCACGUGGCUGGCUAUAUAAAGCAGAUGGACGGUCAUCGAGGCAUUCAGUUAUUGUUCCAUUGAAGGUUAGAAUGGGUGAAAAGAUUGACCUAAGCGACUUUGAGCAUGGUUUGAUCGUCGCUGCCAGGCAUGCAGGUUCCAGUAUCUUAGAAACGGUCAGCCUCCUGGGCUUUUCACGUACAACCGUGUCUAGGGUUUACCGAGACGGGUGAGACAAACAAAAAAACAUCCAAUCAGCAGCAGUCCUGUGGGCGAAAACAGCUCGUUGAUGAGAAGUCGAUGGAGAAUGGCAAGAAUAGUGCAAGCUUACAGGCGGACCACAAACAGGCAACUAAUGGCGCUCAACGACAUUUUGGAACGCACAACUCAUCCGUCCUUGUCACGGAUGGGCUAUUGCAGCAGGGGUUCACUCCUAUCAGCUAAAAACAAGAAGCAGCUCCAGUGGGCACG